UGCCAGGACAUGCCACCCUUCUGGUGUCUCAUCUUUCUUGGGGCCCUCCUGUCCCCCUCCCAGGGCCUCCUCAACCUGCUGAACCCGGCACAACCCAGCGGUGGAGGACAGCCUGGCAGCAGUGGGCUGCUUGGCACAGGCAUCCUUGGUGGGAAAGGCCUCGGAGCAGGACUCCUUGGUGAAGGACUCGGCACAGGACUCCUUGGUGGAGAAGGACUGGCUACAGGAAUCCUUGGUGGAGAGGGUGUUGGCACUGGAAUCCUUGGUGGGAAAGGCCUUGCAACAGGCCUCCUUGGUGGGGAGGGACUUGGCAAUGGUCUCCUCAACAAUGGUCUCCUUGGCAAUGGCCUCCUUGGCAAUAACAGCCUUCUUGGAGAGACAGGUCUGCUUGGCACGGGGCUUCUCGGAAAAGGAGGUCUCCUAGGCAAUGGAAGUCUGCUUGGACUCGAUGGUCUUCUGGGUGAAGCAGGAGGACUGCUGGGAGCAGCAGGAGGACUGCUGGGUGGUGAAGCCCCCCAGAAGAUGACACGCUUCGCCUGGCUGAAGGUGCUGAACCUCGAGAGCGCCCGAGUGUCAUGGAAGGUCCUUCGUGGGACUGAGCUUGUGCUGAACCUGUACUCGAAGCUGGUGCUCCGCUUUCCAGGGAUUUUUCAGUUUCUGAGUGGAUCCUCAGUAGAAGCAAACAUCACAUCACACAUUGCCCUGAGCCAGGACUCCCCUGGUGACCUUAAGCUGGUGCUUAAGGAUUGCAGCAACCUCCUUGGUGGCUUCAGUGUCAGCCUGAGGAAGGGCCUCCUCACCAAUCUGGUGAGCAGCUUGCUGAACAAGUCUCUUAAGUCCCUUGUCCCUGCGCUGCUCUGCCCAUUAGUGAACGUGUGGGUCAGCAUCAUCAACAUUAAUCUGCAAUUCCUCAACCGCGUCAUCUCCUUUGGGCUUCUGGGGAAAAUCUACUCUGCCUUCUCCAAACUGCCAGUGACAUCUGGGCACUAUGUGGAGCUGGAUCUGCAGAAUUCCCCAUUCCCAAGCUCCUUCAUCGACUGGCUCCUUCAGACUGCAGGUGUCAACCCCAGCAUCAAUCCGUAGCUGCAGGACUGGCAGAGCCCUGGGUGUCCCUGCAGGCGAUUCCCCAGGAGGAGGAGGGAAGGGAGGAAAACCACUCAGAAGGUGGAGAAUAGACAUGAAAACGGAGAAACCCAACCAGGAAAAGACUUUUUCUUCUGUUCUACAUUUCAGCCUUCUCAGAUUUUGGUGUCUCUGUCCAGCCUAGAGUUAUCUGUGCCAAUGAUACUCUGUGCCAAUAAUGAUCAGUCAGUAAUUAGCCAUAUUGAUAAUUAGCUGUGUCAGUGAUCAGCCAUGUUGAUGACACUGUUCCUCCUGGCUGUCAUGGUCACAAACCACUUGUUAUGGCACUCACCGAUGAAGGGAUGCCCUUGAUCCCCUGGUUUUCCCUCACACCCAUCCCAGCUUCACUAGGGCUGGAGUUUAGGCCAGGUAAUGGCUCAGCACAGAGGGAACAUUCCAGGUGCUGGAUGCAGACAGUCAGGCAGGGUUUGGUCCCCUCAGGAAUUUCAUGAGACUGCACCAACUGCCCAAAUCCUUCUAAGAAAGGAAGAGAGAAAAGGGACAAAUUCAAUGAGCUGUAAACUCUUUGUCUUUGCUCUCCUUCUGCUUCUUGAUUGGCUUACAAAUUCAAAAGGGAUUUUUGCUGUUUCCAGUGAUUUCAUACUGUUAAAAAGAGGCAAAAAAAGCCCCCAGCCUAAUCCAGGCGCACACUCAGCCUAUUUGUUCCCAAACAGCAACGCUUUGAACUGAUCAGAGUGAAUGCUAUCCUGCCUUGUAAUCUCCAAGUGGAUUUGGACGUGCUGCAUUGUGGGUGAGGUGGAUUUGAGGCAGAUUCACACCCUUCUGUUACUCCUUACAAUAAAAAUGAUUUUUCUUCAUCUGCA